GAGACGGUACACGUAAGGUUUGUUUAUUAUUGUAUCUCAGAAUUACCGGAAUUCUUGCGAACAUUGUUAAUAGUUACCGAGGACGAGUUCGUUAUUCAAUAUGGUUAAUCGACAGAACCGCAGGCAGGCUGGUGGCCACCGCGGUAAAGGUAAACAAUACCUUUCGAUUGCCGCCAAAAAGCAACGUCGUAAGGAACGAGCCCAACGGCUACCGGUUUCCCGUUUUAAGAAGAAUUUGAAACACAUUGAGCGUAGUCAGGAGGCAAACGAGGCUCUCAAAAGACAGCAGGAAGCAGAACGUAAAUAUAAGACCAAAAUGAAUGUUCCGACGGUUGAAGAGGAAUUGGAAUCCAGUGCUAGUGAGGACGAAGUCGCACAGGAAGACGACUUCGAAUUGCUGAUGAAGUCAUUGACUAAUGGGCACAAGGGAGCUGCUCGACGAGAGGAAGCUAUCGAGAGUGAGGAAAGUGAAAGCGAAAGUAAUGAAGAAGAACUUGACUUAGAAGAGCAGGAUGAGGAAGUUGGUUCGGAAGUCGAAAGUGAAUCGGAAACUGAACAUGAAUCCGAAGAAGAAUCGACAUGUGAGGAUCCUUAUAUGUCAUUUGUUAGUAACUGCUUUAGUCCUCAGAUGUUGGAGUCGCUCUUAGCCGAACCCACUGCGGUACACCGAAAUACGAUCAAGUUCAAGCGAUUGGGGAAUCUUGUUGUGGAAAUUCCAAAGGAUUCUUCCGUGGAAAACAGAAACAGUGCACUGUUGGCUGAUGACGAUGUUUACGCAUCCGAGGGGUCUAUUCCGGAACCGUUGAAUGUGGCUAAGCUAGAUGCAAAAAAGUUACACCUUAAGGAGCGAAUUCUUCGACAUUUGGAAGAGCCAUAUUUUACCGCUUUGCAGGGGGAAUGUUUUUCCAUUUUGAAUAACUACCAAGAUUUUUAUUAUCCAGCCAGAACAAUGGUUAAUGCAGACGAAAUUCGUUUCGUGUACUGCCUUCAUGCCCUAAAUCACGUCCUGAAGGCAACGUCGAAGAUAUUGCACCACAAUUUGAAAUUGGCCGAACUGGCAAACACUAAGAAAAAGAACAAGAAAGCAGUUGUCUCUACGCCAGAGUAUAGAGAUCAAGGAUUAGUGCGCCCUAAGGUACUGAUUGUUGUGCCGUUUCGUAGUUCCGCGUUGAAAAUUGUCGAUGUCUUGAAGCAAUUAUUUGCAGGAGAUGAGAUCAAAGCAGUUACCAAUUACAAACGCUUCCAGGAGGAGUACGGCGGUGAAACGCUUUACUUCCCGAAACAUAAUCCAAAGCCGGAGGAUUACGAGAAAAUGUUCAGCGGAAACACGGAUGAUAAUUUUCGGAUUGGUAUUUCGUUCAGCAAAAGUUCUUUGAAAUUGUACACCAAAUAUUACAACUCGGAUUUGAUCUUGGCUUCCCCACUGGGUCUGCGAAUGACGAUCGGAGCCGAAGGCGAAUCGGAACGAGACUACGACUUCCUAUCAUCCAUUGAGAUGUUGAUCUUGGAUCAGACGGAGGUUUGUUUAGCACAAAAUUGGGAUCACGUGAUUCACCUGAUGGAUCAUCUUCAUUUGCAACCUCAAAGUACGGAACAUACGGAUUUUUCUCGAGUGCGCAACUGGUGUCUUAAUGGAUGGUCACGAUUCUACCGUCAGACAUUGAUAUUUGCGUCGCACGAUUUACCGGAAUUUAGAUCCAUUUUCAACAAUAAAUGUUCUAACUAUCGGGGGAAAGUUCGUUUUGCAAGUCCGGUAAAAAUUGGAUCUAUUCGUCACGUUAUAAUCCAAGUUCCACAAACGUUCCACCGAAUUGAUGUUACCUCAUUGGAGCAAUCGUUUGACGCCAAAUUUCAGCACUUCACAACUGUCCUCCUUUCGCAACUUCGUUCGGUCACCAUGGCUCGCUGUCUGAUAUUUGUUCCAUCAUACUUCGACUACGUCAGACUACGGAAUUAUUUUAAAAAGGAAGAACUUAGUUUUGUGCAGAUUUGUGAAUACUCCAAAGAUGCCAAAAUAGCUCGAGCCCGAGAUAUGUUCUUUCACGGUAGCAGUCAUUUUAUGCUGUACUCCGAACGAUCACACUUCUUUCGGCGAACACGAAUCAAAGGAAUUCGACACCUGGUGUUUUAUCAGUUACCAACGUAUCCUCAGUUCUACGCCGAAAUGAUCAAUCUGAUGACGAACGAAUAUCAGAACAGAAAGGACGGAAUCGACGCAAGUUCUAUGACAGUAACAGUACUGUACACAAAAUAUGAUCUACUGCGGCUCUCUGCCGUCGUUGGAACUGAGCAAGCAGCCAAAAUCGCCGGCAGUUCUAAAGCAGCUCAUAUAUUUACCACUCAAAAAUAGUAUUGAGCUGUUAAACUAAACUACAUAAACUCUGAAAAAUUACAAUAAAAAAAACAAGGAAUCUUUGUUAAAGUGUACUACUCCUUUUUACUCUCAAUCCCACUUUUUCGAAAUAU